AUGGCGCCUGCAGCCGCUCCAGAGGCUGCGUUCAAAAAGGACGAGAAAGUCUUCUGUUUUCAUCAUGAGUUGCUGUACGAGGCCAAGAUACUUGAAGCGCGACCAGUAGAGGAAGACAAGAAGAAUGGCUUCGAAUAUAGGGUGCACUACAAGGGCUGGAAGAACACCUGGGAUGACUGGGUUCCUGAGGAUCGGCUUCGCAAACUGUCGCCUGAGAACAGAGAGUUGGCCAACAACCUCAGGCACGAGAUGCUAGCUGCCCAGCGUGCUGCAAGGGCGCAGCCCGCACCAGCAAAGAAGAAGGCGCAAGGUUCGGCACGCGGUAGCGAAGAGCGCCAAACCUCCGUCUCUGCUGCCCCUCGCGGUCAGAAGAGGGUUCGCGACAACGACCUAGAGAAGGAAGAAGCAUUCCAGAACAAGCUAGCAGUCAGGAUCUACAUGCCAGACAGGCUCAAGAGUCUCCUAGUCGACGACUGGGAGAACAUCACUAAGAACCUACAGCUAGUGCAGCUUCCUGCGAAUUAUCCUGCAGGCGUCAUAUUAGACGAAUACAUGAAGCACGUCAAUGACAACAGCAACCGCACCAGUAUCGAGCGCGACAUUCUCGAAGAAGUCAUAGCAGGACUAAAAGAGUAUUUCAACAAGAGUGUUGGUCGUCUUCUUCUGUACCGCUUUGAGCGUGAGCAAUUCUACGACAUCUGGUCUCGCAUCCAACAACCGACUGAUGAGCUUGCUGGGAAACCAUUGGCGGACAUCUACGGCGGCGAGCACCUCUUGCGUCUUCUGGUUACCAUGCCCGAACUCAUCGCGCAGACCAACAUGGACCACCAGGCUGUCACGCGCUUGCGUGAGGAGCUUAGUCAAAUGACUACGUGGCUCUCCAAAGAAGCUCAGAUCAACACCUUCUUUGUGCCUACUUAUGAGAGCCCGGGACAAGCCUAUAUUGACAAGGUCAAGUCCAGCACCUAG